GAAAUAAAUUAAGUCAUGGAGCUUGCACGUGUCAUUGUGAUCUUGGCCCAGUGCGUAUGGCCUGUGUGGACUCAAGUAAUUCACCUUACGGACAUGUAUGGGACCAUCAAGUCUCCAAACUUUCCUGAAUCCUAUCCGAAAGAAACAGAACUGCAGUGGAAUAUAAGUGUACCAGACGGAUAUCAAAUCCGACUCUAUUUUAUGCACUUCGACAUAGAGCCAUCAUACUUAUGUGAGUACGACUACUUGAAGGUAUAUUCAGACACUGAGGAGCUGGCAGUGUUUUGUGGGAGAGAGAAUACAGACACAGAACAGGUCCCCGCUGCUGAUGUCAUCACGUCCCCAGGGAGCGUGCUCAGUGUGGCAUUCCGUUCAGACUUUUCCAAUGAGGAACGCUACUCUGGCUUUGAGGCUCACUUUAGUGCGGUUGAUGUAGAUGAAUGUAGAGACAGAAAUGAUGAAGAUCUUGUCUGUGAUCAUUUCUGUCAUAACUACAUUGGUGGCUUCUACUGUUCCUGUCGUUAUGGGUUCUUGCUUCAUUCUGACAACAGAACUUGCAAAGUGGAGUGUAAUGAAAGCGUGUAUACAGAGCGCUCCGGAGAGAUUGCCAGUGCUGAUUUUCCUAAACCAUACCCCAAAAGCUCUGACUGCACGUAUCGCAUUGAGCUGGAGGAGGGUUUUCAAAUCACUCUGGAGUUUGAUGACACCUUUGACAUCGAAGACCACCCUGAAGUCACCUGUCCCUACGACUUUAUUAAAAUUCAUGCAGGAGACAAGGAGUUUGGCCCAUUUUGUGGUGAGCAGUCACCAGGGAAGAUCCAGACAGGAAAUAACAUGGUCAGCAUCCUGUUUCACAGUGACAACUCUGGAGAGAAUCUCGGCUGGAAACUUACUUACACCUCCACAGGUUCUGAAUGCUCUCCUCCAGUGGCGCCCCUUAAUGGACACCUGGAGCCUCUGCAGUCUAAAUAUAUCUUUAAAGAUCACAUUACGUUGACCUGUGACCCUGGAUACUCACUGAGACAGGGCGAUGAAGAAUUUGAGCAUUAUCAGAUUGAGUGUCAGAGGGACGGGGAAUGGAGCAGUGAUUUCCCGCUGUGUAAAAUGGUUGACUGUGGUCCAAUAGAUGUAGUUCUGGGUGAGGUUGUUUUUGAGAGCUCUGAAAACAGCACUGUGUUUGGAUCCAGAAUCCAGUACAGCUGCAGAGACUCCGUCAAGGUCAACAAUACUUACACUUGUCAUCAGAGUGGGGAAUGGGUGAGUGAGGAUGGGACGCCACUGCCCAAGUGUCUACCAGGAGAUUUUGAAAGUACCAAUCCUGAAUCUCAGCUUCCUACUCCACUAGCAAGCACUCCUCUUGCAUGCGGUGAGCAGUCACAGCUCUUCCCAGCCCAGCAGAAGCGAAUCGUCGGUGGGAGAACAGCAUCUCCCGGUCUGUUCCCUUGGCAGGUUUUGCUCUCAGUAGAGGAUGUGUCCCGUGUCCCUGAAGAUCGCUGGUUUGGCAGCGGCGCUCUCCUCUCCCCAACCUGGGUUGUCACAGCAGCUCACGUGCUCAGAUCUCAUCGCCGUGAUCUUUCCGUCGUCCCUGUCGCUUCUGAACACAUCCAAGUGCACUUGGGCCUCACGGACGUACGGGACAAGCACUUGGCCAUCAAUCGGUCUGUUGAGAGAGUCAUCCUCCAUCCUCAGUUUGAUCCUCAAAACUAUAACAAUGACAUUGCUCUGGUUAAACUCAGCCAGGAGGUGGUGCUGUCUGCAUUAGUACAACCCGUCUGUCUACCAAAGCCUGGUGUAGAAGGUCAUGCCCUGAUGCCUCUACCCAACACAUUGGGUAUCGUGGCCGGUUGGGGCAUCAAUGCAGCCAACGCUUCUGCCUCCACCAGCGGCUUGAGCUCUGAUUCCGCUGCCGUUUCUGAGCUGCUCCAGUAUGUGAAGCUUCCGGUUGUGCCGCAGGACGAAUGCAAAGCUAGCUAUGCGUCACGCUCUGUCAACUACAAUAUCACCAGCAAUAUGUUCUGCGCUGGCUUUUAUGAGGGUGGUCGGGACACCUGUUUGGGGGACAGUGGGGGAGCCUUUGUCAUCCAGGACGCCCGCAGUGGCAGAUGGGUGGCACAAGGACUGGUGUCCUGGGGUGGGCCAGAGGAGUGCGGCAGUCAGAGGGUGUAUGGGGUGUACACCAGGGUGGCAAACUACGUCCACUGGCUACACAGGCACAUGGAUGUGGACCGCUGGUGGUGAGGGUGUUGGAAAACAGCAGUGAAGCUGGACAACUCUCCUUUAUGUCAUCUUAUUUUGCCAUUUGUAACGAAAUAAUUGUCUCUGCCUUUUAAUGUGAGCAAGAAUUACACCCAAUAUUAUUCUUUCAUUUGGUCACAUUCACUUAUAAGUUAUGGACUUUAUAUUUCAUUUGGCUGUUUUUUUUUUUUAAGUUCACUGUCUGUGAAUUCAUUAAUAGUACAGAUGGUAUGAACUUGCACCAGACGCUUGAAUCACCCAGUCAGAACCACAUUCAUUAUGACAAGUAGUGUUGUACUCACCUCAUAUUUGGCCCUGUGCUUGGAUCUUUCAUCAUUUUUUUUGUCUGCUGUUGUUUAAAACACUCUACAUUGUCUUAAAAGCACAUUGUCUGAUUACGGUCUUUAGCCUAUCAAGACAGCAUUUUAUAUUACACUACUGUUCAAAAGUUUGGGGUCAGUACUUGAGCAGCAAAUCAUCAUAUUAGAAUGAUUUCUGAAGGGUCAUGUGACACUGAAGACUGGAGUAAUGAUACUGAAAAUUCAGCUUUGCCAUC